CCUCCGUAACUCAGGAAAUCAAAAUCUGAAUUAAAAAGAUUUAAAGCAUUUCCUCCACCAAAACCUUCUUCUCUCUGUUCGAAGAGAUUUUGUUCAUCUUUUACACAUUAAUCCGAUGGCUGAGCAAAACGGGUUUUGCGUCGUGGGCCGGAGCGACCCGCUAAACUGGGUCGGAGCCGCGGAGUCGCUGAAGGGAAGUCAUUUGGAUGAGGUGAAGAGGAUGGUGGAGGAGUACCGGCGUCCGGUCGUGAAGCUCGGAGGCGAGACGCUCACCAUUUCUCAAGUUGCUGCCAUCGCGGCUCGAGACUCGGAGGUCACGGUGGAGCUGUCCGAGUCGGCUAGAGCCGGUGUCAAAGCCAGUAGUGAUUGGGUGAUGGAGAGUAUGAACAAAGGAACAGAUAGCUAUGGUGUUACCACCGGUUUUGGUGCUACUUCGCACCGACGAACCAAACAAGGUGGUGCCCUUCAGAAGGAACUCAUACGAUUUUUGAAUGCAGGGAUAUUUGGAAAUGGCACCGAGUCAAGUCACACUUUGCCUCACACAGCAACAAGAGCAGCUAUGUUGGUUAGAAUCAAUACUCUCCUUCAAGGCUACUCAGGGAUUAGGUUUGAAAUUUUAGAAGCCAUAACCAAACUUCUCAACCACAAUAUUACUCCAUGUUUGCCUCUCCGUGGAACAAUUACGGCUUCGGGAGAUCUCGUUCCUCUUUCUUACAUUGCUGGAUUACUCACGGGUAGACCAAAUUCCAAAGCUGUCGGACCAAGUGGAGAAAGUCUUGAUGCGAAUGAGGCUUUCCAACAAGCUGGUAUUCCUUCUGGGUUCUUCGAGUUGCAGCCUAAAGAAGGGUUGGCUCUUGUAAACGGGACUGCUGUUGGUUCUGGGUUAGCUUCUACUGUUCUUUUUGAAGCAAAUAUUUUGGCUGUUUUAUCUGAGAUUUUAUCUGCUAUUUUUGCUGAAGUUAUGCAAGGUAAGCCUGAAUUUACUGAUCAUUUGACCCAUAAGUUAAAGCAUCAUCCUGGUCAAAUUGAGGCGGCGGCAAUCAUGGAACAUAUUUUGGAUGGAAGCUCUUACAUGAAAACUGCUAAGAAGCUGCAUGAAAUUGAUCCACUCCAAAAGCCAAAACAAGAUCGUUAUGCUCUUAGAACUUCACCUCAAUGGCUUGGUCCAUUGAUUGAGGUCAUUAGAUUUUCUACCAAGUCCAUUGAGCGAGAGAUUAAUUCAGUCAACGAUAACCCUUUGAUUGAUGUUUCAAGGAAUAAGGCUUUACAUGGAGGUAACUUUCAAGGAACUCCAAUUGGAGUCUCUAUGGACAACACUCGUUUGGCCAUAGCUUCGAUUGGAAAGCUCAUUUUCGCUCAAUUUUCAGAGUUGGUCAAUGACUUUUACAACAAUGGUUUGCCCUCAAAUCUCUCUGCAAGUAGAAACCCAAGUUUGGAUUAUGGAUUCAAAGGUGCGGAAAUUGCCAUGGCUUCUUAUUGCUCCGAGCUUCAAUAUUUGGCGAACCCAGUUACUACUCAUGUCCAAAGUGCAGAACAACAUAAUCAAGAUGUCAACUCUCUUGGUUUAAUAUCGUCAAGGAAAACAGCUGAGGCAAUUGAUAUUUUGAAGCUCAUGUCUUCCACAUUUUUAGUUGCACUUUGCCAAGCAAUUGACUUGAGGCAUUUGGAAGAAAACUUGAAACACACAGUAAAAAACACAGUAAGUCAAGUGGCCAAGAAAGUCCUCACCACAGGUGCCAAUGGAGCGCUUCACCCAUCAAGAUUUUGUGAGAAAGAUUUACUCAAAGUUGUUGACAAAGAAUAUACCUUUGCUUACAUUGAUGACCCAUGCAGUGUCACUUAUCCACUAAUGCAAAAGUUAAGACAAGUUUUGGUUGAGCAUGCACUUUCAAACGGAGAAGAUGAGAAGAAGCCAAACAACUCAAUCUUUCAAAAGAUUGGAGUUUUUGAGGAGGCAUUGAAAACUAUUUUGCCUAAGGAAGUAGAAAAUGCAAGGGUAGCUUAUGAAAAUGGAAAAUCUACCGUUCAAAACCAGAUUAAAGAAUGCAGAUCAUAUCCAUUAUAUAAGUUUGUGAGAUCAGAAUUAGGAACUGGGUUGCUCACCGGAGAGAAGGUAAUAUCUCCUGGAGAAGUAUGUGAGAAAGUGUUCACAGCUUUAUGUCAAGGAAAGAUGAUUGAUCCAAUUUUAGAAUGUUUAAAGGAGUGGAACGGUGCUCCGAUCCCUAUUUGCUGAAGACUCAGGAACACAGGAACCGUGUGCUUUGUUAUGUUUUUCGUUUUUUUAUCUUCCUACUUGUAAUUUAUGGUUUUGGUAUUUAUUUUCUUUCAUUUUACAAAGAAACGGUAAAUGUAUGACAAUUUAUUUCCUAAAAAUUCCACCAUGUUAAUAAUAUUUUUGAAAAAA